UUGUAAACCCGACACGUUCUCUCAAAAUCAACCAUUUCUUUAUUUUCCCCCAAAUUUCUGAGAAAGCCAACAGUACAAAUACUAAAAAAUCAAAAAUUGCAUUUCCCCACUCACUCCAGGCACCGUUAUUCGGUUCAUUUACUGCAUAAACCCACCCACUUGCAACUUCCAGAUCUUUUGCUUCUUCCUUUUUUGUCAAUAUUAACCAUAGAUCUUCUUGCUAAAAUUUGCUGAAGAAGUGAUGAAGAUUCAGUGUAACGUUUGUGAGGUUGCGGAGGCGAACGUUUUGUGCUGCGCCGAUGAGGCGGCGCUGUGUUGGUCGUGUGAUGAGAAGGUUCAUGCUGCUAAUAAGCUUGCUAGUAAACAUCAGAGAGUCCCUCUGUCUGGUUCUUCUUCAUCUAUGCCUAUGUGUGACAUCUGCCAGGAAACAGUUGGCUAUUUCUUUUGUCUUGAGGAUCGGGCAUUACUUUGCCGAAAAUGUGAUAUUGCUAUUCACACAGCUAAUCCUCAUGUUGCAGCUCACCAAAGAUUUUUGCUGACUGGAGUGAAAGUAGGACUUGAACCUGUUGAUCCUGGUGGUAUUUCAUCCUCAGCGACGUCACAGUCCAUUCAGAAGGUUUCUGAACCGGAGUCUGCUCCACUUUCUAAACGAAAUGCCCCAGUAUCAUUGGAUGCUCAAUUUAACAAAGUAUUACCUACCCAGGCUAGUGGGGUUGGGGAUUUUGCUCCUACUAAGUCUCCGUUUGCUGGAGGUUCUGCAGCUGGAAGUAUGCCGCAAUGGCAGUUUGAUGAAUUUAUUGGUCUGAGUGAUUUCAAUCAAAAUUAUGGAUACAUGGAUGAUGGAUCAUAUAAGGCGGAUAAUGGCAAACUUGGUGGAGAGUCAGACUCUUCAUCAAUCUUAAGAAUUGAAGAUGAAGAACUAGAUGGUGAUGAGUUCUUGGGUCAGGUGCCAGACACAUCUUGGGCAGUGCCACAAGUUCCUUCCCCACCUACGGCCUCUGGACUUUACUGGCCCAAAACUUACCAGAAUCCAUUCGACUCUGCAGUGUUUGUGCCUGACAUUAGUUACUCCCCUUCAUCGAGCCUUCAACAACAACCUCCAAUUGGUACUCGUCUGAAACGAAGAAGGCAGUGUUAAUGCACAUUUACUUUAAGCUUUUUCACUCAUGUUUGUGAUAGGUGAUUCAGAAACCUAAGCUGUUUGCUCAUGUUAGUGAUAGGUGUUUCAGAUCCCUAAGCUCUUCACUAAAGUUAGUGAUAGGUGUCUAGAUAGAACAGUGUGUGGUAGUUGAAAUUUGAUUUGAAGUUAUUUCAGCAAUGAUUAUUGUGUUUCUCCUUUGUAAGUAAUCUGCACUGUCUGCUGCAGUUACAUAGAAUGCCAAAAGUGUAUUAGUUCCACUCCAAUUCCCAGAAGUUGUACAAGAAAAUGAAUGUGUAAACUGGAACCAGAGAAAAAUGACCAUUGUAUCAUCUUAAUUUACCUCCUUUCACUA